CAUGGAUACCGCCCGAGGGGUGCAGAGUGCUGCGCUACAUUGUCCCGGACACCCGUGAGCUGCAGGCGGGGAUCUCACCAAGGGAAGUGAAUUGAGGAUUCUGUCCUGAAAAUGGGGCUGAAAAGAACUGGGAUGAACCAAAUGUUUUGUGUGUGUCUUCCUAAAGGAAGACACACACAAAAACUCCCAGAGAUGCAGAGCAUGGCACCUGUCUGGGCUCAGAUUGCUGGAUUUGCCACAUUUCCUCAUGUUGGAGGAUUUUUUGGAUGGUACUUGACAAGAUCACAAGUCUCUACGUGGUAUGAGAGCCAAGAACCAUCAUGGCGCCCACCUAAUAAGAUGUUCCCUGUAGUAUGGACUGCAUUAACAGGAAUGGGUUAUGCAUCCUACCUGGUGUGGAAAGACCAAGGAGGUUUCACACGUGAAGCACUUGUCCACUUGGCUUAUGGGACUCAGCUGGCUUUAAACUGGACCUUGACUCCAAUAUUUUUUGGUGCACACAAACUAAAACUGGCCUUGGUCAAUAUUAUUUGUCUCUACGGAACUGUGGUAGCAACAAUGGUUUCCUGGUACCCUAUCAACAGGACGGCCACAUUACUGAUGGCACCGUAUCUUGCUUGGCUUACUCUAGCCACAUCUCUUACCUAUUAUGUCUGGAGGGACAACCCAGAUAAGAAGGUGGAGUGAGAGGUCGUUACGGUGGGUGGAAUACCUGCCUUUGGUUGUCCUUCCAACCUAGUCUGCCAUCCACAAAGGACAAAUCGCAGGGGAAAUAUGAUUGCUGUGCUUUUUUUUCUUGCUUGUAAUACUAACAGAAUACAGACUUGAAAUUGAUGAAUGUUUUUACCAGGUUAAUGUGUGAAUGUACAAAAUGUAGACUUAAUAACUAGAAAAAGCCACUUGGAACAUUUGAAGCUUGCACCUUUAAUCCUUCUCGUACAUUAUUGGAGAGAGAGAGAUUCGGAGGGACAAACUUGAAAUUGGCUAAAUGGCUUUUUGGGUCAGUAAUUUAAAUGGGCCAUUUUCCUCACUGCAGUAGUCAACUCAAUGACACAAGUGCCUCUGUCUGAAUUUAAAUAAUGUUGCUGUUAGUAUCAUCUUGCAUCAAUUGAACUGUAAAUUCUGCUGAACCUACUACAAGAACACCAUAAUUAUUUGAACAAGUAAGGUUGUCAUGAUAUCACAGUGAGGCAUGUUUGAUAUCAAUGCCCAUGUGCGUAAUGUUAGAGGAGCUUAAAGAUCAGACUUCCCACCAAUUGUCAGAGCAAGUUAUAGAUAUUGCACUCAUAACUCAACCAUUCAUUUGCUGUUAUCAGUGCAGUACAGCCUUCAAUCCAGUGACCUUUGUAUUCCAUUUCUCACCAUGAAAGUGAAACAAUCUGGGAAUUCAGAAGAUCCUGCCAGAUUAAUUCUUUAGCAUAACUUUGAAUAUUAUUGGCAUAGACUUGUGUUUUGGGUGUAGCAACCCACUGGAAUGUUGCUACUCAAGCAAACUUAAUGAAUAUCUGGUAUAUUCUUCCCAGAAAAAGUCAAUAUUCCACUGCUACCUAUAUCUAAUAAACAUUUUCUCGUAUUAGCACUGAAUAGCAUUCAACAUCAACAUGGAUAAAUUAAUCACAUAAAGAUGCUACUGUUGAUAUAUGGUCACUGUUCAAUCCUCCACCUCCCAUCAACUCAAUUUUUAAAUCUUCUUCCACCAUUCUGAUUGAAUCCCACAUGCCUAUAACCUCUGACCUUUCUGAUCUUCAUUGGCUUUGAUUUCCUGCAAUAUCUUAAACAUGAGGAUGAAAGUAUUAAAUUUAAAUACCUCCACGAUGUCACUCUCUCGAGCUCUUUAGCUCCUUAACUUGAACUCUCUUUCUUUAUCUCUAACUUCUUGCACAAGUCCCAUUUCUCCAGCUGUGCCUGCAGCUAUUGACCUCAUGGUGUGGAAUUCUUUUUCUAACCAUCCUUUCUCCAACCCCCUCUCCUUCCGAGACCUUCCAUGAAGCUCUGUCUUUUUGCCACUCAACCAACAUCCUCUGUGGUUUGUUGCCCAUGUUGUUCUGGCUCUGACACUGCAUGGGUCAUUUUGCUUUGUUGAAGAUGCUACUUUGGUUGACAAAAGCACUUGACCUUGUAGCAAAAAGUUUGAAGUUUGGAAAUAGGGAGGUUUUGAUACAAUUGCAAAAGGUGUUGGUGAGGCCACACCUGGAGUACUGUGCAGAGUUUGGGUCAACUUGCAUAAAAAAGGAUAUCAUAACCUUGGAGGAAGUCCAAAGGAGAUUGACCAGGCUAAUUCCUGGGACAAGAUUGUCCUAUCAAGUGAGGCUAACAGUUCAGGUUUGAAUUCUUUGGAGUUUAGAAAAAUGAGGGGUGAUUUUAUCCUAGGGGGCAUGACAGGGUAGAUGUUGAGAUGUUUCCACUAACGGGGAGUCUCAAACAGGGAGACAUAGGUUCAAACUAAAAGGCGUGUUAUUUAAAACCAAAGUACAUAGAAAUUUCCUCUUGCAGCGGAUCAUGAAUUCUGGAAUUCUUUACCCUACAGAAUUAUGGAGGAUAGAUCAUUAGAGGUAUUUAAAGUGCAGGUAAAUUCAUUUUUGAAAGAUCAGAAAGUUGAGGACUGUGAGGAUCUGCAACAGAGGGGGAGUUGAGACCUGGGGUAGAUCAGUCAUGACCAUAUAGAAUGGCAGGUAGAGAUGAGGGGCCAGGUGUACUCCUGCUCCUAUUUCCAUGUGCUCUUCUAGUAGUCUAGUGCUUCACACAACAACUGAAGAUUUCAGAUCCCUUUACAGCCAAUGAAGUAAUGCUGUAAUGAUUGCUGAUAUUUAGGAAAUGAUACGGUCACUUUACACACACCAAGCUGCACAAUGAGCAUUGGGAUAACAACCAGGGAUCGUGUUUUUAGAGUAGGUUGAAAGACCAGAUGUGGUUCUGAUUCAUGGAAUAUAAUUGCUUGCUCCUCUAUUUGAGGAGACAGCAUUGUCCCACCUCCUGGAUCUGGACCCAUGAACCUGACCUUCAGCUGGUGCAUGAGCCUGACCUGAGGCACAUUGUCCCAAGUUUAGCUGUUUUCUGUCAGCAUGUUGCUUGUUUGGAGGAUGUCAGGGAAUCAGUUUGGAGAAAAACAGGAGAUCAGGAAGGAAAGACGAAAAUAUGAUCUGGAAAGGAGAACCAAUUACCUCCACUUUGACAUUACAAAGUGAGAAGUGACAGUGACUUUUGUAUUAUUCUAGCUCAAUGUUGUCACUUGCUGCAUGAGAGCAAAAGUGAGUUGAUAUGUCGGAAAUGCUGGGUCAUGUGCGAUUAAAACAAUGAUUUUGCUCUUUCUUGCCACAGAUACAAGUUGAUCUGCUGAGCAUUUUGAACAUCUUAAUGUUGUUUUACUCAUCUGAUGAUCGGGAGGUGGGUGGAUUGUCCACAGUCAUGCAUGAGGGAUCCACCAUGUGAGCAGGGUGCAUGGCACUGCUGUGCUUGCAAUGGAGCAGGUUGGUUUGGGAGCAGUGGGCUCUGAUGAGUUGAUACCAUGUUGGUUAUUGCUGUCUCCAGAGCAAUGGACCACUUCCUUGAUGCAUGUGGAUGGAAUCAGUGGAACUAAUGCUUCACACUUUUUCCUUAGAAAAAAGAGCAGUAAACCCAAGAAUUAAAGACCAGAGAGUUCAGUACUUGAGGGGAAGCCUUUGGAGCCAAUUAUCUUGAACUGCCAAUUGGAAAAGUGUCAAGAGUAAGAAACAGCACAGAAACAGGCCCUUCAGCCCAUCAGGUCUAUGCCAACUAUCAACCAUCCAUUUACAUUAAUCCCACUUCUUAUUCUCCCCACUUUCUUGUGGGGCGAUAAUUGAAAAUUAGAGCAGAUGUGUAAAAGGUACAUCAUACGUAAGUAACUUGAUUGAGUCCUUUGAAGUAACAGAGUUGAUGAAAUAUGUGUAUAUGGACUUUCAAAAGGUGUUAAAAUACAUUUGGAUGGCUGCUAACUGGUUCUGGGACAGAAACAGAUGAAUAGUUAUUUUUCAGACUAAGUGUGGAGUGUUGCCCCCUGGGGUUCAUAGUUAGAACUACUGACUUAUUUCUAUUAAUGGCCUGAUCUUGGUAUCAAAGACAUAAUUUCAAAGUCUCCCACUAAUGUGAAAACUGGGAAAAGUAGCAAAAAUAAUGGAAGGAAAACGGGCGAGGGAAUUAAGGAAACCCAUAACAGAUGAAAUUUAAUUUGGUUUGGAACUUGUUAUGUGUUCAUUCAACCUUGACUGAUAUCUGGAAUUCCAAUAAAGGCUGGCAUAUCA